GGCUUGGGUUUCCGUAAAGUCCUUAACCCACAAUUAUAUACGCAUAUAUAAUAUAUACAUAUAUAUAUAUAUAUAUUAAGGACCUAAGCACAAGGACUUGCAAUAAUGAUGCCCUAAGGUAUGUACUAAAUCAAUGGUCUACUUGCAAAUUCCAACAGUUAUUUAAUUUACAAGUUGAAUAAUCAUUUAUUAAAUAGUCUACUUGCAAAUCCCUUGCUCUCGACUUAUUUAUUCCAUGCGUCUCUCCGUUUGUAGCUACGAGAUCAAUAUAGCUAUGUCUUUUUCCGAUUACAUCGUGUCUCGUUCUCUUCCAAUAUGGUUUUUUAUUUACCUCAUAUUCUUAGUAUUACUCGGAAAAUCUCAAAAGGAAGUUCUGCAAGUUAAAGUGGGAGUCGUUCUUGACACUAAUUUGACAUUAGCAGAUUUGAGCUUGCGAGCUAUCAACAUGUCCCUGUCGGAAUUUUAUAAUACUCAUAAUCGCUUCAAAACAAGGAUUGUCCUCGACAUCCGAAACUCCAAAGGAACUGUUGUUGGUGCUGCAGCUUCAGCUUUAUACUUGAUAAAUAAGAGGAAAGUGGUGGCCAUUAUUGGACCAGGGAGUUCAAUGCAAGCUCCAUUUUUAAUCAACCUCGGAAACCAAUCUCAAGUUCCAAUCGUUUCAUUCUCCGCAACAAGUCCUCUUCUUGAUUCCCUCCGAAGUCCAUAUUUCAUCAGGGCCACAUAUGACGAUUCAGCUCAAGUUCACGCCAUUAGCGCCAUCAUAGAAUCAUUUAGAUGGAGAGAAGUUGUGCCUAUUUAUGUAGACAAUGAGUUUGGAGAAGGCAUUCUUCCUUACCUAGUCGAUGCUUUUCAAGAAAUUAACGUUCGUAUCCGAUACCGAAGCGCUAUAUCGUUUUAUUCAUCUGAUGAUCAAAUCAGGAAAGAGCUUUACAGACUAAUGACCAUGCCCACUAGGGUUUUUAUCGUGCACAUGUUGCCUGAUCUCGGGAAGAGGAUUUUCUCGAUAGCGCGGGAGAUUGGUAUGAUAAAUAAGGGUUAUGCAUGGAUUGUUACAAAUGGGAUAAUUGACCAGAUGAGUUUACCGGGAGGACCAAGCUUGGAGGAUAUGCAUGGUGUCGUGGGUGUCAAGACAUAUUUCUCUAGAUCAAAAGAGCUAGCCAAUCUUGAAGCUCGUUGGCGGAAAAGAUUUGGAGGAGAAGAGCUAAGCCAUUUUGGAUAUUGGGCUUAUGAUGCUGCCACAGCGCUUGCAAUGUCGGUUGAGCAAAUAAGUAACGUAAACAUGAGUUUCAAUACGACCACAAACACUUCGAGAGGUGACAAUGGGACUGAUCUUGAUGAUCUCAACGUAGCUCUAUCUGGUCCUAAGCUACUUCAAGUGUUAUCAACGGUCAGUUUUAAAGGCGUCGCCGGGAGAUUUCUGCUAAAAAACAGAAAGCUAGAGCCAACGACGUUCAAGAUAAUCAACAUAGAGGACAGUGGGGAACGAACAGUUGGAUUCUGGAAGUCAAAAGUUGGACUAGUGAAGAGGUUAGGAGUGGAUCAAAUAGGCACUAACAUCUCACACGGUUCGCGUCGACUUAGACCAAUAAUAUGGCCAGGGGACACUACUCUCGUGCCUAAAGGUUGGGAGAUUCCAACAAAUGGAAAGAAGCUGCGGAUAGCAGUUCCAAAAAAGGAUGGUUUCACCAAUUUUGUUGAGGUAACAAAGGAUGCAAACACUAAUGCUCUAACCAUUACCGGGUUUUGCAUAGAUGUUUUCGACGCGGUAAUGAGACAACUGCCAUAUGCUGUCCCUUACGAGUACGUCCCCUUUGAAACUCCGGAUGGAAGAGCAGAUGGAAAUUACGACAACAUGGUUUAUAAAGUGUUUCUUGGGGAGUUUGAUGGAGCUGUAGGAGAUACCACAAUCUUGGCUAAUCGGUCUAACUAUGUUGAUUUCGCAUUGCCAUUCUCAGAAACGGGUGUUGUAUUUGUGGUUCCUGUCAAGGAUGAGAGAGAGAAAGGAAAAUGGGUCUUCUUAAAGCCUUUAACAAAGAAGCUCUGGUGUAUGACUGCUGCCUUGUUUAUCUACAUUGGACUCAUGGUUUGGACUUUUGAGUACAUAGCAGAUCAAAAUUUCAGGACACAGAGGAUCACUGAACAAAUAUCGAAUGUGUUCUACUUCUCAUUUUCAACCCUAUUUUUCGCACACAGGAAGCCAUCAACGAGCAUUUACACAAGGGCUUUAAUUGUGAUUUGGUGCUUUGUGGUGCUAAUAUUGACUCAGAGCUACACAGCCACACUCACAUCGAUGCUCACGGUUCAAGAGCUUCGACCAACCGUGAGACACAUGGAUGAACUGAGGAAAAGCGGAGCGAAAAUUGGAUAUCAAGAGGGUUCGUUUACAUUGGAAAAGCUAAAGCAACUGGGUUUCAAAGAAUCAAGGUUAAAGACUUAUAGCUCUCCUGAAGAAAUGCAUGAGUUUUUUCUCAAAACGAGCAGCAACGAUGGUAUUGAUGCUGCGUUCGAUGAAGUCCCUUACGUAAACCUUUUCAUGACAAAAUAUUGCAAAGAGUAUACCAUUAUCGAGCCUAGAUAUAAGGCCGAUGGCUUUGGAUUUGUAAGUAAGCAUUAGUUUAGUUUGUUCUUAGUAAUUAGGGUUUUGGAAAUGUUAUUAACUAUUCAUGUUUUUUUUUGGGGAAAGGCUUUUCCGUUGGGAUCUCCGUUGGUGCCAGAUAUUUCAAGAGAGAUCUUGAACUUAACAGAGGGAGAGAACAUGAGAGCUAUUGAGAACAAGUGGUUCCCUGGAGAAAAAUAUUGUCUGGACCGGAACACAACUGAUACUCCAAUCCAGCUCGAUCACCACAGCUUUCAAGCUCUAUUUAUGAUCGUCUUUGGUACCUCUUUGGUUCUACUCUUUAUCAUGCUUUCUUGUAGAAGAUACUUAGAGGGACGAGGAAACAUGAACGGAGAUCCACCCAAUCCGCCAGGCGAUGGGCCUGAUGACCAUCUUCGUCUACUCUUGCUCAUGUUGGCUUCUAGAAUAUACCAACAGAGGCGAGGCAACAUAAUCGGAGCUCGACCCAAUCCUCCAGGCAAUGGGCCUGACAGCCAAGACAACGCACGAGCUAAUCAAAACCGUGAUGUUACUGAAGGUGGACAGGGAGCCAAUGAAACUGGUGGAGCUGCUGAACCAGCUGAUAAUGAUCAUUGUAUUGUGGAAGUUAAUGAAGGAGUUAAUGUUGGAGAUGGACAUCAUGAAGCAAAUCGUAUUGGGAAAGUCAAUUUGGAAUUACAAAGGCAACAGUCACAAGCAUGCUUAGUUCGCCGUCGCUCCAACAAACUUUUCUCAGAGAAAAAUAUGCCCUUAGGAAUGGCUCCUCCGCCUGCGAGGAUGCAUUUGGCAUAGUUCAAGAGGUCUUCAAUCAAGGUUUCGGUUUGACUUCAGUUUGAGUUUUUCGGUUUUAUAAAAAUUGUAUUGAUCCUGUAAGAUUGGUUGAAGUUUUUCAAUAAAUGUAUUAUCAACUUGAAUCUUGAUAAGUACCUACUCUUUAAAAAAAAAAAAACUGAAUUGUAUUAUUAAACCUUCUAGACAAAGAAUUCUAAAAUAAACUU